CACAUUUGAAAACGUGCCAGUUAUAUUACCAUAGCAGCACUUGACAUUGUACUCAAAGAAAAGCAGCAUGAAAAAAACUUGCCAUUUUUUACAUCUAAUUCAAAGCAAAUGUAUAGUCAGUGACAAAAUAUUUGUUUGAAUCAUUUGGAUAUGCUUCUCGUCCCAGCCGCACAUGUUCUGCUUAAUAAGUGUGGGCAGUACUUAGGAUUUUCCUUUUUUGUCCUUGAAGUUCUUUUGUAUGUAUACAAAUCUUAUUACCUUCAUUUCGGAUCAAGUGCCUGUGUAGAAGAGUUGUUUAUAUUGUUUGGUUGGUUUGUCUCAGAUAUUGCAAAACAUUUUUUCGGUUCUUUGAUAUCCGACCCUAUCGGUAUUUCCAAACCAGCGUAUAUUUCUUGCCUUGUCUUUUACGCGCCUUCAGUUCUAGGUGUUACUUUCUUAUUGUUCUGGCAGUCGUUUGUUACACAAGUAGAAGUCGUUACUUGCGCUACUCUCUUGUGUUUCAAUUGUCUUCAGUUUAUUACAACCCUAGGGUUUAUAAUCCCUGGCAAAAGAAAACCAAACUGAAAUAUCUGAGGUAAUCUUUUACUGGCUAACUCCUUGCAUGUCGUUUCACAGUGACUCUAUAUUCCCUGCUGUCGAUUGUAAUUAUUUUUCUUCAUAUAACCUUAUUGUUGCUUGUGUCGGUGUCGGCAAUGUAGCCCAACUUGCUUGUGAUCUUUUAAUCUAUAACUUAGGUUGUGAUGUUAUUAGUAGUUUAAAUCUUGAGUACUGUCCAUCUGUAGUCGGUAUCAAUCCUCACCAAUUGUCCAGAGAUGCUCAUAAUUUGAUGACAACUUCACAGAUUUAUGCCAGUCGCGAACUUCAGCUAGCUGUGUUGCAAAUCCGAGCCCCUCCCUUUACCGGUUCCAAACGAAGGCAUGUCAAGGAGCUUGUGACCUUCCUGAAAUCUAUGAAGUUUAAAACUGUGGUUUUACUUUCAAGUAGCUUUGCGACUAUCCUUAAGGAUGAGGAACUAAACUCUCCACCACUGCAGUAUGCUUUGUCGUCGUCAUUCUGUGCUUCCGAUCGUAAACGCCUUGACGAACUGGGUUGGCAUCCCCUUAAGACGUACACCGACCAUUUAAAUUGUAAAUUAUCUGUUGUUUAUUAUUUACCUGGGUGUGGAAUUGCAAGUUAUUUAUUUGAAGAAUUACUCAAACAUGAAGAAAUAUCUGUUUGUCUGUUAAAUCUUUUUACAUCUGAGGGUGAUAACAGUGGAGAUGCACUUUAUGUUGUGCAACAUUUGGAUAGCUGGUUACAAUUCAAAGCACAACGUGGAGUUAAAAACACAAAUCUUGACUGGUCUAUUCCCUCUUCUUGGAGCUAUUUGUUUGGAACUGACCCUGUUAAUGAAUUGUAUUAAACUUUUAAAAAAUAUUAACAAAAAAUUAGUUUUCCAGUAU